AUGAUUCAACUAAAGACGAUGCUGAAUUGCAUCGACAACUCCGGCGCCGCAGUUGUCGAGUGCGUGAAUGUCCUGAAGAAGAAGCGGCCAGCCACAGUCGGUGACCGAAUCGUCGUGGUCGUUCAGAAACAACGGAACUUUGGCCCCGAGAGCUCGACGAACAGUGGUAUUGCAAACAAAGUCCGUCGUGGAGAUAUUCGACAUGCCGUCGUCGUCCGAGCGAAGAAGGAAAUGCAGAGACCAGAUGGAUCUAUUGUCAAGUUCGAUGACAAUGCCUGCGUGUUGGUGAACAAGUCUGGAGACCCGAUCGGAACAAGAAUGAACGGAGUUGUGGCUACGGAACUACGAGGAAAGCAAUGGUCGAAAAUUUUGUCGUUGGCACCGAUGCAUGUAUAA